AGUACAAAUCAAUGACCCCCUGCCCUUUCUUCCCCACUCGAUUUUUUCAUCUGCUCAGACGAAGCAUUCACUCGCGGCUCCAUCGAUACCUGCAGAUUUCGCUUUUCCGGUGUGCGUUUACAACAUGAGGGCAUCGGUGAAUCGUCCGCCAACACCAGAUGUAGGAGAUACUCAAGAAAAGCAGCCGACGCUUGAAGAAAUUAUCAACAUUAAGUUCAUCGAGAGCGGAGAGAAAGAGCGAUUAAUGGAGCUUCUGAGGGAAAGGCUUAUAGAGUGUGGCUGGAAGGAUGAAAUGAAAGCUCUUUGCAGGGCAUUUGUAAAGAAGAAAGGAAGAAACAAUGUUACAGUGGAUGACCUCGUACAUUUAAUUACUCCGAAGGGCAGAGCUUCCAUUCCUGAUUCCAUAAAGGCUGAACUCUUGCAAAGAAUUCGUACGUUCCUCGUGUCAGCAGCUCUUUGACACAACGGCAUGGUGUCUUUAGCAUGAGUUGUAAGGGAAGUUUCAAAGUGUCGUUGAAGAGCACUCAGUGGAAGCCUUUGUUCGGAGGCACAUACCAUAAAUUUAUUCGGGGUGGAGGCAGCUGUAUUUACUGGAAUGUGCAGCUAACAGCUGUAUUUUAGUGCAAUCAUGGUAGGAAUGAAUUCCUUACACUUGUAUCAAGUCUUAAUUACAGAUCUUUGUUUGUUUUCUGCUUUGUACUAUUUCCAUCUCUUAGAAAUGGAAACUUGGAAUAGGAACACAAUGGACAGUUGUUUGUUUGUUGAUCUAA